GUAUCCAAUAACCCCAUACUCUCCAAUCACAGACCACCACCUUCUCCCUCUGCUUUUUUCUGUUUCUCUUCCUAAUUUGGUUCUUCUCUCUCUUCCCCCAAAGAUUUUAACAAAUUUUAGAUUCAUUCCUUGAAGCUUGGUAGCUUUGCUUUUUGAGCUUGGUUUGCCCUUUUUUUUUUCCUUCGCUUCUUUCUUCUCUAUUGUUCAUUCCUCAGUGUAAAAGGAAGAAACAACAGAUCUUUUCUCAGCUUUCCUCGGUGCUUCUCUAUUCGAUUCAGUUUUUUUUUUUUCCCAAUUGGGUUUUCAUUUCCAGGCUUUUUUUUGGGUUCACCUGAUCAGCUUCUCACUUUUUGCCUAAUGGGGUUACCAAGGAAGUUCAAGUUCAGUGUUAGUUUUCAGUUAUAAACUACUCAGUAUAGCAAAAGAAAAAAAAGUUAUUAAGAAAAUAUUUUCUCAUUUCUGUUAUAAAUAUAGAGAGUUCAUAUUCCAGUUUCCUUCAAUUAUUCCUGGGUAUUUGCUCUUUUAGUCUUUUACAUUUCUUUUGUUGGUAGUUUUGGAAAUUCACUGUUUUAGAUCUUAAUUUGAGUGUUUUUACUUUGAAUGGCACUUGAUUUUGUAGAUUUUCUUUGAAAUUCUUGUUUUCUUUUGGAAGUGGGUCUUUUCUAGAUUCCUCAGGGAUUGCCUACACACUGAAAAAAAGUAUUCUGAUUCCUUGCAAAUGCUUCCUGAUUUAACGCAGAUAUUUUUCCUUUGAUGCCCCCUACCCCUCUGCAUUUUCCCUUGUCGUUUCUUUCUCUGUUUUUGCCCUGUUUUCAAUGCUAUAACCGAAAUUCCAUUCUCAAAGUGAUCAAUCAUCUGAAACGAUCAGUGAAUUCGGAACUUUGUUUGAAUAAAACUUUCAUGUUUUGGUAGUAUUUUGUGCUUAAAUUUGAUGUUAUGAAGUGGGAAAUGGAAAUUCUGUCGCCGACAUCUUAUCUCUCUAGCACAAAUUGGUUUAUUGAAGAGGGUAAGAGCACGAAAUGGACAUCAGCAGAGAACAAGAUAUUCGAGAAUGCCUUGGCGGUCUACGAUAAGGAUACUCCUGAUCGCUGGCAGAAAGUGGCUGCGAUGAUCCCGGGAAAGACGGUAGGAGAUGUAAUCAAGCAGUAUAGAGACUUAGAAGCUGAUGUUAGCAGUAUAGAAGCUGGGCUGGUUCCAAUUCCUGGAUACAACACCUCUCCAUUCACAUUGGAUUGGGUGAAUAGCCAUGGCUAUGAUGGAUUGAAACAGUCAUAUGUACUUGGUGGAAAGAGAUCUUCAUCAGGCAGGCCUGUGGAGCAGGAGAGGAAGAAGGGGGUUCCUUGGACAGAAGAGGAGCAUAAAUUGUUUCUAAUGGGCCUAAAGAAAUAUGGCAAAGGGGAUUGGAGAAAUAUCUCCCGCAAUUUUGUUGUCACUAGAACACCGACUCAAGUGGCUAGUCAUGCUCAGAAGUAUUUCAUCAGGCAGCUUUCAGGAGGGAAGGAUAAGAGAAGAGCUAGCAUUCAUGACAUAACAACUGUCAAUCUCAAUGACACAAGGACUCCGUCACCGGACAAUAAGGGAGCUCCUUCACCGGAGCAGUCUUCAGUGCUCAUUCAGCAGCCCAAUUCUGCUGCCAUGCCCAGAACACAUUUUCAAUGGAAUCAGCCUUGCAGUGGGGCAACAAUGGCUUUCAAUUCAACGCAAGGAAAUAUGUUAAUGUCCUCUCCUUAUGGGAUUCCCUCCUAUGGAUUAAAAAUGCGGGGGCAGAGUCUGCACAGAAGUGUUGCUCAUGAGUCUUAUUUUGGACCUCAAAAUUUGGUUUUUCAGAUGCAGUCGGCACAGCAAUAUCCUCAAGGAUGAGACAACAACUGUUCCGAAUUUCUCUUGGCUAGAUAAGCCAUGUCUUCCUUAAGUCGAUUAGUAUUAGCUGUCUUUUGUGCUUUUUUACAUGGCUGUCUUUUGUGCAUGGUUUUAUGUGAAUAUAUUAUCAAGAACUCGAGUUUAGUCCUUAACCUUCAAACCCGAGGGGAUAGGAUUGAGUUUUGCUAGGAAUUUAGACUGUGAAAUAUGAAACUUUGAAGGAGAUUCUCAAACAUGAAUUUCCCUUGUAUUUAAGAUUCUGUAGUUGAAUCUGAUUGUCCUUUGAUCAAAUUGCUAUGUUAUGUGGUGAUAGUGGUGAGCUCAGAAGAACAAGCUGGAUAUUUGUUAUGAAUAAAGUUGUCUUAGAGUCUAGGAAUAUGAUUUGAAGCAUAAGAGAAGAUUACCCAAAGAUAAUAUUGGAGUCCAUGAUAUAUGCAUCACCAAGUACGGUUGGAACUUGAAAUUGCAGGCUCACAUGAAGAAUGAAGUUAACGAAUAAGCAUCUACAAUCAGAAGUUGAAAGUUUCGACUGUUUUAGGCAUGACUGGUUGUAAAUAUUUUAGAAAUGUUUGUUUUCACGUUUUUAGAUGUUAAUCAAUCUAGUUGUUGACUUUUGGCAGCUCCAUGUUGUAAAUCUUGGUCAUUAGAUUCAAACCAAUGAUUCCAAAUUUCCAAGAGUACAUGAAACUUCAAAAUUUACUGCUAUGCCUGAAAUCAAGGGCAAAAGUUAUAAUCUAUAAG